AUUGGGACACAAAUCCUCAACAAAUAUACAACACAAAGGGGUGUAUUGGUCAAUUUGCUCAUCAAGAAACCUCUCACAUGUGUGACCUUCUUUUCAGUUUUAUAUUUUAAUUUUUUUUCUUCUUCUCUCUCACACCACCAAAACACAUGCGAAAUUCCUUCUCAGUGGGGGGAAAAUCUCAACCCCAAAACACGACCAAAUCCAUAAUCGUAUAUCGCACAAUCCCCUCCGCCGUUCAAUCACUCCUCCACAGUUCAAUCUCCUCCACUGCCGUUCACUCUCCUUCACAGUUUAAUCUCGAACCACAAUCCGUCAAACCCUCCGCAGUCGAAGAACUACAACCCCUCCGUCGUUCUCUGUUGUUCUCUGCAUUUCCAAGGUGCUUGCUAUGUGUUUGCUUGCUUGCUAUGUGUUUGCUCCUAUGCAAAUCUCACCUUAUGGGACAAAAUUAGUGGCUAUGAAUUUCAAAAAUUGAGGACCUGCUAAGGUGGGGUAGAAGAAGACAAUUAUAGGAAAUAUACUGAACAGAGAAGACAAUGUGUCACAAGAUUGGUAUUUGGAUAUACCUCUGGAUAGAUGACAACAAUCUUGUGGAGUUUUUUGGAAAGAUAUUUAUUGCAGGUGUGUCAUUUGUGGCUGCACUAAGCUUCUUACUCUAUGGAGGAAGAUUAUUUUACAUGCUGAAGCAUUUCCCAAUUGAAUCUAAAGGGCGAAGGAAGAAACUUCAUGAGUUCACGUCUAUAAUCCAUUUUGGAUUGGAGAAAGAAUGUGCCUUGGGAAGAACAUGGCUGAAGCAAUGAUGUUGGUGUUUCUCCAUCGUCUCACAUUGAGUAGGGUACUGUGCUCCCCCCCCCCCCCAAAAAAAAAAAAAAGACUGCAGCUAUUUAGGAGCGAGGUCGGGUUUCUCUCUUAUUUGACGUUGUACGUUGUUUAGCUUAAGUUUUGGUAAGUUGUUGUAUAGGAGCUCUUAGGUCUUGCGAACUGUCUUGAUUUUGAUGACAAUAUUAGUGAUGCAAUUUAGGAAAGGGAUGUAUAGUAUGGUGCUAUUGUACAUAUGUGAUUUGAAUUUAAUAAGUAUUAGGCUUUGACAUUUUAGUGUGGUGAACUAUCUUGAUUUAGGAAGGGAUCUAGGUAUGUGUGAAGUUAUUGUAUGGUGAAUUGUUAUGAUAUUAAUUUUGGAUGUUGAAUGAUACAUAUUAGUAUUGUUAA